UCUAUUCUGUUCGCUGUCCAUUAAUUUUUUAUAUGCCAUAUUUUCUUCUCUCUCUCUGUCCUUCCUUCUCGAGUCUUCUCCUUUUAUACACAUUCAACAGCCAAGCAGAGAGAGAGAGAACAAAAAUCACUUCCAUUUUCAUUUCAUUUGUUUUCUCAUUUUUGUUCUGCAUGUACAAUAAUUUUCUUGGUUAAUUUCUUCCGGCUAAUCGGAAGUUUCAGGAUUUGCCGAUUGCGAACUACAAUUGAGUUUUUUAAAUACAUUUCGGGCUUUUUUUUAGGAGAUCGGAAACUCAUUCAACUCUCCGGAAUAUCACCGGACGGCGACCCUUUCCAGCGAAGUAUAGUAUAUAGAGGUUCAGAUUCUUCGAGUUUGUAGCAGCUGGGAUUUUCUGGGUUUAGGAUUAUGUAUGAUUCAACUGUAGAUCAAUUCAAAGUCAAUGCUUUGAUCUGAGUUCAAAUCGCUUCAAAUUGAACUGUCGGCAGCAAUUUAGUUGGGUGUUAGUACACGAUAAUCAACAUGAUGAGAAUGAAGACUCAAACUAAUGGGGUUCCAUAUAUGAACGGUGGCUCCGCCGCCCCCCGCAACCCUAAUGAAUGGGAGCUAAGGCCCGGCGGAAUGCUAGUCCAAAAACGAACCGAUGCAGAACAAAAUCAAGCUCCACCCCCCACUAUUCGGGUCCGUGUGAAAUACGGGUCAAGUUACCACGAUAUCUAUAUCAGCUCUCAAGCGACAUUUGGGGAGUUGAAGAAGAUGUUAACAGGGCCUACAGGGUUGCAUCACCAGGACCAGAAGCUAUUUUACAAGGAUAAAGAGAGGGAUUCUAAAGUUUUUCUCGACACUGUAGGAGUGAAGGACAAAUCUAAGAUUGUGUUAGUAGAGGAUCCAAUUAGCCAAGAGAAGAGGUACAUUGAGAAGAAGAAAAAUGCUAAAAUGGAAAGGGCUGCAAAAUCAAUAUCCGAAAUCAGCUUGGAGGUUGAUAAACUUGCUGGACAGGUUUUGGAGCUUGAAUCCAUAAUUUCUAAAGGUAGAAAAGUGGCUGAAAAGGAUGUAAUAAAUCUCACUGAGUUAUUGAUGAAUCAACUGCUUAAACUGGAUGGGAUCAUAGCCCAUGGUGAAGUCAAACUACAGAGGAAAAUGCAGGUUAAAAGAGUGCAAAGGUGUGUAGAGACUCUUGAUGUGUUGAAGAUUAAAAACUCAACGCCAACAAGCGAUGAAUACCAGACACCUGUACAUUCACCUACGUCUGUCCAAUCACAACAGCAGCUGAAGUAUUCAAAUGGGCAUUUGCACGGGUCUUCUAAUGGAAGCAUGUCAUCACCUGUGGAACAGCAACAAGCUCGGCAUUCAUUUAUAGAUUCACCAAAGCAACAGCAGAAUCAGCAACAUUCCAGGCGCUCGGCCUCAGGGGAUGUUGUCAUAACUACAAAGUGGGAAACUUUUGAAUCUACACCAGCAACCUUUCUAGUUGCCCCUUCAACAUCAAGCACAAUGAAACCAGCACAACCAAAUUUUUCUUGGGAUUUGCUGAGUUAGGUGAUAGACCAAAGUAUUUGUGCUAGUGUGAAUGUGCAUUUUGGAUUUGUUUCAAGCUGCUUUGGUAUCUAUUCUCAAUUCUUUGCUGUAUUUAGAGUUCUAUAAACAUCCCCUCCACGUCAUUCACUUCAGAAUAAAUGGGGCUACUAUAAUAGAGUUUGAUACUAUCUUCAUGACUAUAGGAUGUUCUUGUAUCCAGCUAUCCCAUUUGAACGGAUUCCCGGUUGUAAUAUUUGUUUUCUUAUGUAGACUUCCGCUUGGAAUCA